AUGGCUCCUGUCAAGUCUCUCAUCGCUGCCUCUGUGCUCAUGGCCGCCCAGCUCGUCUCGGGCCACGCCGCCAUCACGAACGCCGUCGGCAACGCCGGUGGCAGCGGCAUGGCUCUCGGCAUCGUCUCGUCCACCCCCCGUGACGGAACCCGACGCAACCCGUUCCAGCAGGACGCCACUCGCUUCCGUGGCGCCUCGGCCCAGACCUUUGGCGAGACUGUCGGUGCGGGCGCCAACGACGUUGAGAGCGGCACCGCCAAGAUCAUGGCCGAGACGGGCGACUCGCUGCCUCAGGUCACCGCUGGUGGCCAGGUCACCAUGACUCUCCACCAGGUCAACGCCGACGGCGCUGGCCCCUAUACCUGCAUGAUCAACGCCGACGGCACUGGCGGCAACUGGGAGAACAUCCAGGUCACCCAGAACGUCGCGGGCAACCAGCGCGGCCGCAACCGUGACGGCAACUCGAGCGACCACCCUCUCGUCGCUGCCAUCCCGGCCAACCAGCAGUGUACCGGUACCGUGGCCGGCGAGAACAACGUCUGCCUUGUCCGCUGCCAGAACCCGGCCAACGCCGGACCCUUUGGCGGUGUCGUUCCUGUUCAGAUGGCCUCUCCUGCCGGUGUCGGUGCUACUCCCGCCGCUGGUGGCGCUGGUGCUGGUGCUGUUGCUACGCCCGCCGUUGGCGGUGCUGGUGCUGUUGCUCAGCCUGCCGCUGGCAAUGCUGGUGCUGUUGCUCCCGCCGUUGGCGGUGCUGGCGCUGUUGCUCAGCCUGCCGUUGGCAAUGCUGGUGCUGUUGCUCCUCCCGCCGCUGCCGGCAAGGGUCAGGCCCAGAACGGCAACGCCCAGCUGCAGGGCGGCAACGCUCAGGCCGGCGGCGCCCAGGCCGAACGCAAUGGCGACAACAACGACCGCCGUGCGAUCAAGUUCUCCGCAUAA